AUCAAUGUCCAAAUUGCAGUAAAUGAAGAUGGAAACAAGGUAUAUAACGGCCAAGUUCCCUUAUCACAGAAGGUGGAGGAGUUAGGUUACGAGCCACCGAGCCCUAGGUCACUCCUCAAGCAAGACUCGGCUACCUCAGUUUUUAUCCAAGAGAAGGAUCUAACUCCUGGAGUUAAUCUAAACAUUCAUUUCACAAAGUUAUCUGAUGUUGCAUACCCCACUUUUCCUUCUCCUAAUUUGUCUUCAGAAGUGCCACCCUUUUCUUCCAAAAAUUUGCCACAACUCUUCCAACACUUCUCAAUUAGUCCAACCUCUUCAGCAGCCCGUAUUAUGAACCAAACUCUAGCACGUUGCGAGCACCCGAAUCCUAUAAAUGGAGCAGCACAGUUUUGUGCUACUUCCUUAGAGAAAAUGGCAACUUAUGUGACUCAAAAAAUGGGCAACUCCCUAAAUAUUAUGGCAGUUUCUAUGAAUGGAGUAAAAACUGAUGCUCUUAUGCCUUACAAAAUCAUGGGCGUUAACCAAAUAGCUCAAGACAAGUCUUUGAUUGCAUGCCAUAGGCUAAGUUUUCCUUUCGGGGUGUACUAUUGCCACCAGCCAAGGGGUGCAGCAACCUUCUCUGUCCGUCUUGUCGGAGUACAGGAUGGAGCUAGGCUUAAUGCUUACGCUAUGUGUCACCACCAUACAACACAGUGGAGUCCAGAGUAUGUUGCCUUCAAGGUGCUGGGUAUGAAGCCUGGGGACACUGUGUGCCAUUUUUUUCAGCCUGACAAUGUGAUAUUUUAUCAAGGUUGAUAGUUUAUU